CGACGUCGGCGGCGCCAAGGCGUCGUGGCGUCGGGCGUCUGGGACGUGGCAUCAACGGCCCCAUCCGGCGCCGGCGGCGGGCGCCCGGCGGUCUUUGCUGCCGCCCGGGGGCGCAGAGGCCGGGCCUUUUCUUUCAGCACAAACGUCAGUUUGUAAAAGGGUGGGGCUGGAGUCUGAGGAGUUUUCAGGCUUCUGUCUCGAAGGAAGUCUGGCAGGCUCGGAAUUGCCAUCUUCCUCAGGCAAAUAGUUUUUCACCUUAGAGCCAGCCUUGGCAAGGCCAAACCGCCCAGUCACCCGACUUCCCACAGUCUCAGCAGGGAGGAAUAAAUUUUUUUCAUCUAUAAUUUGGAAGCCAAGUCGUAACAAAAUGAAACCAGUAAAGCAUCUGUUGACCACCAGUAACAAAUCGGCAACUCUUCCAGCAUUAACCAGCAAAAAAGGACUACAUAAUUUACCACUAUCACCUAAACUGAAGGAAAAACAUAAUGCAAAGUUAAUUCAUGAUAAAAUUGAACCAAUGGUCCUGAGAUCUCCACCAACAGGAGAAUCCAUUGUACGGUAUGCUUUGCCCAUUCCAUCGAGUAAGACAAAGAACUUACUACCAGGAGAUGAAAUGAUUGGAAAAAUUAUCAAACAUCUGAAGAUGGUUGUUUCCACUUUGGAAGAAACCUAUGGACACUGUGAUCAGAAUGGAGAAGAACCAUUUGUAAAGCGUGAAAAUGAAGAAUUAUCUUUAUCUAUUGGGGAUGAUAUGAAUUCAUUCUUGACAUGUUGUUCACAAUUUGCAACUCAGCUAGAAACAGCACUUAAAGAAGAACAAAAUAUUUUGGAAUCUCUUUUUAAGUGGUUUCAGUGGCAAGUCAAUCAGAUGGAAGAAAUAAGUAAAGAUCAAACUCUUUUACAAGCAGAGCCUCCAGAACCUGACAAAACAGUCACUUUAAGUAUUGCACAAAUAGUACGCCUUUUACAAAGAUUUGAAGAACUGAAGAAUCGCCUUAAACAGAGGUCUAAAUCCUCCUGGAAAGUCAUGUUGUCUAAAACCAUGGAUGAAGAAAAUCGACCAGAAGCAGUGAAAAGUUGUGAAGCUGUAGCACAGAAAAUUGAAGAAUUCAUAGAAGCCCACUCAACUGAUGAAUUUAAAGGUGUUUCUGCAACAGAACCACAAACUGCUCAUUCAAUGACUAAUCGAUUUAAUACCAUGUUGAAAGUAUUUGAAAACCAGGCAAAUAUGUUGGAGAGAGCUGUAAAUGAUCAAGUUUUGUUAGAUGCUGAAUACAAACAGAUACAACGUGAUUUUGAGUUGUUAUCAGAAGAGAAGUUGGUGCUGGAAAAUGAACUACAAAAGUUGAAGGACACAGAGAAAAUUAAGUCUACAAAUAAUCGAACAAAGAAAGCUGCGAAAACAGUGAAGAAAAAAGACAAAGGAAAAUCUGAGGAUUCAGAAAAGAAGAUGUCUUCAGAAAAAGAGUUUAAAAUAAAAGAUUUGGAUCAAGUACAGAAAGUAGCACGUCUGGAAAUUGAGAACAAAGUCCUUCAGGAACAAUUGAAACAGGCUUUACAGGAAGCUGAAAAAGCUAAGCAUCAACUUAACUAUUUCCUAAGUCAAGAGAGGAAGUUACUUAAAAGUGAGGGGAAAACUGAGACAACCAUGCGAGUGGGUAAUAGUCAAACAGAAGUUAAAGGUGAAGAUUCAAAAACUAUACCACUGGAGAAGGAAACAGGAAAAUCACUGGUUUCAGAUUCAGGUGGACAGAAGACAAGUGAUAAAAUCCAAGAAUAUCCACAGAUCACUGCCCAAAGCGGAAGACUGAUUGAAAAAAGCUCAGAGAAGAAACGAUCUAGCCCUGCUAUUUCAGAUCUUUCACAGAUCCUUAAGUCUCAAGAUGAAUCAGCAUUUUUAGAGAGUUCAAAUGAAGUUUCAGUUGCUGAAAACCAAUCCAAUAAAUCUCCAUCAGAGACCCGUGAUAAAUCACUUACAACAGUAUCAUCCAGCAAAGAGGUUCAAGAUUCACUGUCUGUUGGAACAUUGGCUCAAAAAAAUGAAACAGUGAUGUCACCAUUCAUUUUACCUCCUGUUCUUACAGAAAGUAAAAAGGCUGACGUUUCAGAAGAACAAUUACAAAAGAAGACUGAAGAACAAACUUACCAAGCACCAGAAAAAUCUCAAGGCAGUACAAGAAACACGGUGCUGGCAUCUGCUUCUGGCGAGGGCCUCAGGGAGCUUCUACUCGUGGAGGAAGGUGAAGUGGGAGCAGAUAUGUCACACGCUUACAGUGAAGUUCCGGAUGAAAAUCUUAUGGUUGAAAAUAAAGAUUCAGUAACAAAAGUCCAAGUAGAACAAAUGAAACAAACAACUUCUAGUAUGGAAAGACGCGAGGCGACUCUUACAACCCCACAAUCGCCUGAGGACGUGGUUUUAGUUUCAAGAAGUCAAUCUGAAACUAAAAAUCUUGAAGCUACUGGAAAUGAGAGUUUUCAUUCUCAUAAUGAAGUACCAGAAGAAAAUCUUAUGCUUGAACAAGACACAAAGUCAAAAACGGAAGUGGAAGUAAAGAAACAAAAAUCUUUCCAAGAUAAUCAACUCAAUACUCAUAAUGAAGUACCAAAUGAAAGGCUUAUAGUUGAGCAUCAAGAAUCAAUGUCAAAAACCAAAUUGCAAGUAAAGAAACAAGAAACUUCUACAGAGCAACCACUCACCACUCAUGAUAAAGAACCAGAUGAAAAUCUUACACUUGGGCAUCAAGACUCAAUGUCAAAAUCAGAAAUGCAAGUGAAGGAACAAAGCACUCUCAAAGGACAAAGAAUUACUACUCAUGAAGAAGAACCAGGCAAAAAUCUUGCACUUGAACAUCAAGAUUCAUUGUCAAAACUGGAAAUGCAAAUUAAAAAAAAUGAAAAACUUCCUAGAGAGAAAAGACAUAGUACGCAUGGUGAAGAAUCAAGUGAAAAUCCUAUGCUUAAACAUCAAGAUGCAGUGUCAAAAAUCCAAGUGCAAUUAGAGAAACAAGAAACUUCUGAAGGAGGACGUAGCAUACCAGAUAAAAAUUCUAUGUUUGUUCAUCAAGAUUCAGUGUCAAAACUCCAAAUGCAAGAAAAGAAAAAAGUAACUCCUGGAAGGGAAAGGCGUAAUACUCAUAUUGUAGUACCAAAUGAAAAUGUGGUUUCUGUUCAUCAAGAUUCAAAGUCAAAACUCCAAAUGCAAGAAAAGAAACAAAUAAAUCCCGGAGUGGAAAAGCACAAAACAUUUCCUUUUGAAAUCCAAAAAAAGGAUAUAUCACUUGAGCAUCUGUUGCCUGAGGAGAAAGUUUUAUUAUCAAGAAGAGAAUCUCAAACCAAAAAACUUCAAGCUAAAGUAACUUCAAGAAAAAUUACAAAUGAAGCAGCUUCAGAACUUCCAAAUACAGCAGAAAAUCUUCCAGCAGUGUACCCAUCAAUUAGCGACCUAAUAAUUCGAUUGGAUUUAAACAAAGUGGUCGAGACUGAUAUAGAAAGCUUGAGAGGUGCUUUGGGAAGACGCUUAUUAAAUGAUGAAUUCAAGACACAGCCAAAGAGUUUCCCUGGGUCUGAAAUAGAACAAUUGACAGAUGCAUUUGGAAGAGAUAUACUAAAGGAUGAAUUCAAGACACGAUCAAAGAGUCUCCCUGAGACUGAUGAACGAUUGCGUCGUGCAACUGAGAGAGGUACAAUAAAUAAUGCAAUGAAGACACAGUUAAAGAGAAAGAGUCACCCUGAGACUGGCCUAAAACACUUGAAAGGUGUUAAUGAAAAAGAUAUAAUAAAAGAUCUAAUCAACAUACAGUCAAAGAGGCAUGCAGAGACUGAUAAGGAACACUUGGCAGAUGCUAUUGGAAGAGGUAUAAUAAAGGGAUCAAUCAAUGCACAACUAAAAGGUCACCAGGAGACUGAUAAGAACUUCUUUGCAUAUGCUAUUGGAAGAGGUGUAAGGAAGGAGUCAAUCAAGACACAAUUAAAAAGUCACCCAGAGACUGAUAAGGAAUUCUUGGCAGAUGCUAUUGGAAGAGGUAUAAUAAUAGGGCCAAUCAUUAGACAACUGAAGAGUCACCAAGAGACUGAUAAACAACUCUUAAAAGAUGCUAUUGGAAGAGAUAUAAUAAAGGGACCAAUCAAUGCACAAUUAAAGAGUCACCAGGAGACUGAUGUAGAACCCUUGACAAAUGCUAUUGGUUCAAGUAAAACAAUUGGUGAGAUAAAGACACAACUAAGGACUCACUAUGAUGUGAAUUUAUUUAAAAACAAAGAUAUGUCCAUACAACGUCAAGAAGGUAUCUUCAAUAGGAGCAUCACACCAAGUAAAUUCCCAACAAAAGUGAUCAAUUUAUCACCCUUUGAAAAUAAAGAGGAAACUUAUGAGUACUCUUCACCCUAUGCGAUUGCACCUUCAAAAGCAGUUUAUAGAACAUAUAGGGCUAGUUCAAGCUUUUCUAAAGACAUCCAUCUUCCUUUACUGAAUCAACUCCAUUCAGGGCAUUCGAAAGUUGUUACCUUAAACCAAAAAACUAUUGAAUUUACUCUGCCUUCUGUGACCAACACAAUUGGAAAACCUGCCUAUAAAGUGUUACAUGCUGCUGCCCGAAAAUCUGUACCACACCCAUACUUUUGAGAAUGAAGGAAAUUCUGAGCAAGAUAAGCAACAUGACAAAUUUGGAAAUGCAGGAAAGGAAACUGCAAGUAUAGAAGCCUUUUGAAAAUAACACUGACUCGUGUGGAUGGUGCUUAUUGAAAAACAGCUGGAAAUACAAUGGAUAAACAGGUUAGGCCCAGAUCAUAGAAGCCUGACAAGGCAGUGAACGUCUCUUUACCAUAUGGAACAAUUUUGAACUUCUAAGAUCAAGCCUUUCUGUUGCUGAGAGUAAGAAAGGAGCUCUGUGUUGAGGUUCCAGCUUGCUUCUAUUCGCCAGUGUCCCUGUAGUGCUUUCUGGUGUGAUGUAAAAUCAAUUAAACAAAACUUGUGCUCUGCAUGUUUUGAAAAUG